AUGGACGCGCCGCGCGCCUUGGCGGCCAAGCCCCCCACCGGGAGGAAGACGAAGGGUCGCGCCCCUCCUCCGCCUGGGAAGCCGGCCACCCCGAACGCGCACGGUGGACAGACACUUCGCCGAGACGUGUCGCCCGGCCCUCCACAGAGCCUGCUGCACAUGGAGAGCCUGGAGAACAGCUCGGUGGCCGUCACCGUGGUUCUGCCCAGCGGGCUGGAGAAGAAGAGCGUGGUCAGCGGCAGCCAUGCAAUGAUGGACCUGCUGGUUGAACUUUGCCUUCAGAACCACCUGAAUCCAUCCCACCAUGCCCUGGAGAUCCGGUCUUCGGAAACCCAACAGCCUUUGAGUUUUAAGCCAAACACUUUAGUUGGGACCCUGAAUGUGCACACUGUGUUUCUCAAAGAGAAAGUUCCCGAAGAGAAGGUUAAGCCUGGCCCACCUAAAGCACCUGAGAAAUCCGUGCGCUUGGUAGUGAAUUACCUGCGAACGCAAAAGGCCGUGGUGCGUGUGAGCCCCGAGGUGCCGCUCCAGAACAUUCUCCCGGUCAUCUGCGCAAAGUGUGAGGUCAGCCCAGAGCACGUGGUCCUCCUCAGGGACAACAUCGCCGGGGAGGAGCUGGAGCUGUCCAAGUCCCUCAACGAGCUGGGGAUUAAGGAACUCUACGCGUGGGACAAUAAACGAGAAACCUUUAGAAAAUCAUCGCUUGGCAACGAUGAGACAGAUAAAGAGAAGAAAAAAUUUCUGGGAUUUUUCAAAGUUAAUAAAAGAAGCAGUAGUAAGGCGGAGCAGAUCGGGCGGUGCGGGCUGGACGGCGAUGGGGACCCGUCACGGUCGGCUUUGGGAAGGGGCUCGAAUGGCUGCCUGACCACGCCCAACUCCCCGGCGGUGAAUCCGCGUUCCAUGACGUUGGGUCCAUCCCUGUCGCUUGGCAACAUCUCAGGGGUGUCUGUGAAGUCAGACAUGAAGAAGCGUCGGGCCCCUCCGCCCCCGACGCUGCCCGGCCUGGGGCCACCAGUGCAGGACAAGGCCUCGGAAAAGGUAUCUCUGGGGUCACAGAUUGACUUGCAGAAGAAGAAGAGGCGGGCGCCCGCCCCCCCUCCGCCGCAGCCCCCGCCGCCAAGCCCCCUGGUGCCCCCUCGCACUCAGGACCAGGAGGAGAACAGGAAGAGCGCCACGGGUGUUGGACGACGGCAGGUGCCACAAAAGCCUCCCAGAGGCACUGCUCGGGGGCCCCCCCAGUUAGUGCUCCCCCCACCCCCGCCCUACCCUCCUCCUGACACAGACGUGGCAGAGCCUCUCGGCUUUCCUGGGGAAAGUGCUGGUUCCGAGGCCCCCGACCCGAGACCCACACUGAGCCUGCCCCUGGGGCCCGGCAGUCCCCGUGGCACGGACGGGGCCCCACCGGUGCCGUCUGAGGCCGAGGAGACCGUGUCUGUCGGCAGCUGUUUUGCCUCCGAGGACACAACCGAAGACUCAGGAGUGGUGAGCUCCCCGUCAGACAUCGUGUCCCUGGAUUCCCAGCACGACAGCGUGAAAUCCAAAGAUAAGUGGGCCACGGACCAGGAAGACGGCAGCGACCAGGACCUGGCUGGGACCCCAGAACUGGGUCCCCGGAAGAGCCCCACGCGGGAGAGGAACAGCUCUGGGCGACGGCACUCGAGACCUGAGGAAGCUGCCACAGCCUGCAGAGGGGACGAAGACCUCUUUAUCACCGGGCAGUUCCAGAAAACCCUGGAGGAACUUGACGGGGACCUGGAAGAACUGGAAGACGGCUAUGAAGCCGGCACCGGCUCGGUGAACGGCGUGUCUGGACGCCGCGUGUCCGAUGCCACGGUCCCCAACAGCGAUGAGGACGCGAUCCCAGUAACAUUCAUAGGGGAGGUCCUAGACGAUCCUGUGGAUUCGGGGUUGUUUUCCAACAGAAACAACAAUGCUGGUUCUUUUGACCCGGGGAGCGUGGCUGGCCAGGGAGGCCACCUGUUGCAAAGUCAGGAGGAGAACAGCCAGCAGCGGGAGACGAGAGCAGACGUGCCCGACUCGGCAGCUCCUCCCCACGGCCUUGGGAAGGAAGUCAAACCCGCCUCGUCCGACCCCUGUGAAGAUGGGGGUCCGAACAAAAUGGACCCCAAGGCGACUUCUGCAGACUUUCCCACGCACAACCUGAAUGCAGAGGACAGCGGUGAGGGGCCCGGCUCUGCCCUGAGUGGGCAGACACAGGCCAGCAAGAGCACGAGUUCAUCAGAGCCAGCGAGGGCAAAGGAAGGUGAGGAUAAGCACGGUGGCUCAGCACCGCCAUCGUGGUAUCGACGGGGCCAAAACCCAGGGUGCAGUUACGGACUGAAAUACGGCCUCACGACGUACAAAAUCGUCCCUCCGAAAUCGGAGAUGAGAUGUUACGACAGAGGAGUAUCGCUGUCAACAGGGGCCAUUAAGAUCGACGAGCUAGGGAAUCUGGUGAGUCCCCACGCGAACGGGGGCAGGACCGUAGCCCCGUCGUUGCCCGCUCUCGACGCGGAAACCCAGCCCAUUGGAAGGGUCAAGGAAUUCUGGAGGUCCGGCUCUCUGGAGAAGCACUCUGGCCAGCCCCCGGAGUGCUCAACCAACAGGACCCCCACUCCCACCACACCAGCGAGGCCACAGCAGCAGGCAAGUGGACUCAGGGCAGAGCCCACUGUCCCGGACCCCAAAGCGACAUCGCCCCCGCAGCAGUCUGCCCACCGAGAAGCAGGGCGACACGUGGAGGAGGGGAGAGACUGGCCACCCGUCGCAGCCACUCGUCACGUGAAAGUGCCAGCAGCCAAUGCCUCAGAGGUCCUGUUCCUCAAGCCCCAGAGAAGAACAUCCAGUCAGUACGUGGCCUCUGCCAUUGCCAAGCGGAUGGGGCCCCAGAAAGCCCAGGCCGAGGAGACCCGUGAAGGCAGACCCCCAGAGCUGGCCGGACGGCCUCCUGCUAGGAGAGACGGCUCAGCCCCCAGCCUGCUCCCAGAGACCUGCAUCCGUGCUGACCGGGAGGCAUCGGCGGUAGGAGCCCAGCCCAGGGGGCCGGUCAGCAGCCCUGAUGGAAAGUCGUCUGCUCAAGACGGCCUGGCCACCAUCCGCAGAAGUCCUUGUGUCCCGCCUGUCACGGCCGCCCAGAGGGGUCACGUGUCUUUGGGACAGAGCUCUAGUUUCAGCGGAAAGCAGAGCCUAGGCGACCACAGGGCCAGCUCAGCAUCCGUCCCCAGACGCACUCUGGACAGUACAGAUCCCCCGCCUGCCCGCUCAGGAGACAAUCAGACUCCAGACAGGACCCUGGUGAAUGGCUCCAGGUGGGUCCCCAUCCCCAGCGAGCCUCCUCACUCUCCGAGAGGCUCCGGCACCAGUGGCCACGCCGGACGGGAGCCCCCAGGACAGGAGGAGAAACCCAAAGCCAACGGCACCCUGCCACCCAGCAUCUUUGGGCCGAAGAAGAAAUUCCGACCCGUUGUCCAGAGACCGGCACCAAAGGACACGUCCCUGCACAGCACCCUGAUGGAGGCCAUCCACUCAGCGGGCGGGAAAGACAGGCUUCGCAAGAUUGCAGAGCACGCAUCGGAGGCAGGGCCCAGGAAGCCGUCCUGCAGGGAGGCAGAGGGCGAGCGCUCGGCCCUGCUGGCGGCCAUCCGAGGGCACAGCGGUGCCCGCAGCCUGCGGAAGGUGUCCUCCUUCGCCUCCGAGGAGCUUCGAAGCUUCCGAGAUGCAGAGCUGUUGGAACGCGGGCCAGAGCCGCCAGGGCUGGAUGACCUUGGCGUUCGGCCCCCACCCGCCCUGCCGCCCCCGCCCCCUCCAGCCACCCAGGCUCCCUCCAUGUCCAGGCCAGCGUCCAGGUCCAGCUCGGGCAACCCGGCCGAGGCCAGGCAGGCCUUGAUGGACGCCAUCCGCUCGGGCACAGGGGCUGCACGACUGCGAAAGGUGCCCUUGCUGGUGUAAAUCCUCGGUGAGAUCAGAUCGCGGCAGAAACCCACCCCCGUGAGCCAUCCACAGUCCCCGCUCGAGGACGCCGCGUGGCAGGGGGCGUCGGGACGUGGCGGACUUUCUUGUCUACAGGCCAAACGCACACAGCUGGUUUUCAGUCCUGCGACAUGGUUCCAAGAGAGGGCAGAAUUCCGCCCUGCUGCACAGCUUAGGUGCCAAGGAGACGUGUUUGCCUCUGAGUAUUUCACGUUGCCAAUAAGCCUUUCUUGUUGGCAGGUUAAUGGGGAUCUAAAUGCGGGAGCCCAAGACUACACUUCGUGGUGACCUUUGGCCAAUGCUGGACCUUUGAGAAUUUACCACAUAGAUAGAUGGUUGCGACCAUUUCGCUGUUUGAAAUCUUUUGAAUUCUAGGGAGAUACGGAGAAACCGACUGAAACGAUCCAAAUGUCAGAAGCUCUGUGACGUUUUGCUCGUAACAAAAGAGCCAGAAGGCUUUUUUCAAAGUUGACUGUCGAGUCAUGAAACCGUUGUUUUGUCCCUCAAAUAUUGGGAGUUAUGACCUCCCGGAGGAUCGCAGACCAUGAUCUGACCAACUAUGCUUUUAAAAAUCACCUGUUCCCACCCAGAAUAAAAUCGUACUUGAUGUAUGGACAGGCAUUUCUGAUUCUCCAGGGGUGGCGGUGACAGAGGUCGGAAUGGCAUUGGCGUGGACGGUCGGUGCCCCACCUUGCAGGUGUCCCCAGUGGGCUGUGAAGUAGAAUGAGCCUCCCCCAGGAGGGCUGUGUAUGGAGCCUGGUGACUUCCCUGGGAACCUUCCGAAGUCCUGCACGGGGCCCGGAGCGGGGACGUUGGGUGUCUGCGUGUAGCCAGGAUCGGAUCAAAAUUGUGCUGGUAUUUCAUGGUUUGUGUUCAGUCUGGGUGCUUUCGCCCAACAGAUCAGAGUCACCCCUGUAUCACAUGGAAGGCUUUUCGAAGGACACGGUAUUCUGCUGCCGGUAUUUAUAAUGAAGUUUAGACACAGCACUAGUCUCUCACUUCUGUCUCUAAAGCACUUUGUUGCAUUGGGAAGAGCUCUUUAAGACAUGAAUAGAAAUCAAGAGGAGGUCGUGAAAUAAAAUCUCUGUCUUCAUCAAGCAACGGAUACACGGUGGGAUCGUUUUAAUGUCUCACGGCAGAUCCAGGCAUCACGUAGAAUGGAAACUUUGCUCUGCGUUGUCCAAUGGCCGUUGCUCACUUCCCGGUGGGGCAAGAGCGUCAGCCGGUCCCUCUCAAACCACACUGUCUCCACUAUGUGUCUUUUAGUGCCACAAAUAAAAGAAAAUGAAUUUCAUUG